AUGAUUUUUGUCCUGAUUGCUGCAACUACCACUAUAUUGUUGACUUGGUCCCCCUUGCUUCUUCCUGUUACAACGACAGCGGCCAUGUAUCCCCCGAGUCCUCCGCUAGGGUCUCUCCGCCUUGCCAACAUCUCUGACCUUCCUCGCAUUGCUGUGGUAGCGACAGCCGGCUUCUACUAUUCACCAGUCUUUGGUUGGGAGCGUCCUUGUCACCGCAAUUUCCCCCAAGACACCUACCGUUCGUACCAGAGCAUGUUUGCCGAAGCCAUUCGAGAUCCAGAGUACAUCGCUCUUGUUGCCGAAGACAAGUAUGAGGUCGACGAGAGUGAACGCACGCAGGCCAUCAUCGAGCCCGGCGACGACUACACUGUUCCAGAGCCAGGGUCAAAAGUGAUCGUGGGCGUGGCGACUUGGAAGCUGGAGCCUGGGUCCGCUCACAAAGGGCAGUACAUGGACACAGAUGACGACAAGUCACCGAACAAACCUAUCUUUGAUGGCGGUCAAGGUCGGGACAAGAGCCCCUACCAUGCGAAGCUGCUGGACGACAAGUGCGAGGCGGCAGAAGAGAAGUAUUUUGAGGGACAUCAGCUGGUUGACAUGCUUGUGGUUCACCCUGCCUCCUGGCGCCGUGGUCAUGGGACAGCUCUGCUGAAUUGGGGCAUGGAACUGGGGAGUUUGGAUCUCGUCAAGCAAGGAGUCAUUGCCGCCGACAUGGGAGAAAAGCUAUACCUGUCAAAAGGCUACAAGAAGCUUGACAAUGUCAUUGUCACCGAUGAAAAUGAUGCGGAAAAAGGUGUGAAGGUUGGGAUUCUGGAAUUUGUCCCCAGUAAAUCAACACCGGAAUUGUAG